AUGAAUAUAACUCGUCAAAAGGUUGGUCUCUCCUUCUCCAUAGAAAAUAUUUUGCGGGAUGAUUUUUGUCACUCGCGAAGAACAAACACUAAUGUGGAAUCGCGAGAAACGUAUUUUGCGGCCGAAUGUUGGCCGACCUCGCCGGCUUAUACAUGUUACGCUGUGCCAUAUGGCCCCAUGUUUAUGAAGUAUCUACCAACAACAAACAGACUUAAUGUUGGAGUAAGAUUACAUCGGGUGAACGGAGAAAACGACCAUUUCCUGGCUGAACAAACAAAAAUUAUUGAUGAUGACUGUAUAAGCUGCAAGAAUGAAGAAACAUACAGUGACAAUCAUGGUGAGUUUGUAUAUAUAUGUUUUAAUUAAACUAAAUAAAAUUAAUUCGUUUAAGAGCAAGAAUAGGUUCAAAGCGUUUAAAUAAUGCAAAAAAUUGCUUUCUGUUCUUACAAAGAAAAAUUUCUUUACGUUUUCCAGGGACUACCGAUAAAACGUGGUCAAACUAUCUAAAUUGAUUCUAUAGUAAGUAAUUACCUCAUCGAUUUUUAAUGGCGUUAAAAACCUUUUGUGAUGCUUGUGUAGUUUCGCUUUCUAUCUGGAAACACGACUCUGCUCUUCAAAAAGGUGCCUUUAAUUUUGAAAUUUUUAGUCCUCGUUUAUAAGACUUUUUAAUUUUCCUUUCUUAAAUUUAGAGCAUUUUCUAAAGCUGUGACAUCAAACGAAACAUCCGCCAUGAUGUUAACUUUUUUGAUAAUUCACGCAUUUUUAAAAUCUGGUGAGCCCGUAGACUUGAAUGAAAUAUAAGUUUGAUUCCGUCGAUUUUCUCGCUGUCCGGCGCUUUUAGAGUUAUAUUGUUGCUCUCUUAAAUCCAGGUGUACUUGACAAGAAGCUUUUAUAGUACUAUUUUUGUCGCUUUUUAAUUGCCUAUCCGUGGUUGAAAAAACGCUUCCGUUAAUAGACUAAAAUAAACAUUUCAUUUAAAAUGCUUUGCACGUUCUAGCUUGUUCAGAUCGACUACCGAGGAAGCGGACAAACAAAACUCAAUAUGAUGAUAAAUUGGCGAAAAAAGGUUUAUUAUUGUUAUCAAAUAGUUGCUGUAAAUUUCUUUAAUUGCAAACAGAAAUGCAAUUGCUCAAUUUUUGUAUCCAAUAUUUGAUAUGAUCAGUUUUGGAACAUACUUGAAUUCCGUGCACUCGGUUGUUUUGACAUACACUGGGUGUGACAGAUUUAACAAAACGGGCGACAAUGGCGAGGUUUAUCGUCCAAUAUCUCCAACACCUACCGUGACUUGACGCAAAAAUAACCAGUAUACCUAUAGCCUAAUAUUGCUCUUAUAUAUCAUUGGUCACACUUUAGUAAUUUUUCUGAUUGUAGUCUGUCCGGAUUCACGGAUAGGCUGAACUUAUAGCUAAUUGACUGGCACCGAAUUCCUAGUAAAAGAAUUAUCGGAAGCUUGCGGCUAAAAGCUUCAAGACGGCUUUGUUCAGCUAUUGUUUAAGUGAUGGGUGUGUAGUUGGCGUUUUCGCGGUUGUCGGAGAAAAAAAUAGUAUCCAGUUUUCAUUAACUAUAUAGGCUCCUGGCAAGAAAUGGUUAAGUGUUUGUUUGCUUGAAUAGUGGCUUUUGAGAAUUCAUUCACAGUAUUUUGUUCGUUUAUGCUUUCUUUUAAAACAAAAACGACAUACCAUCGUAGUUUGUUACUGUAAAUGCGCUCAUGAGCGAGACAGAUUACCAGUCGCUCAGUCCACUUGAUCAAACGGCCGUUCUUAAGAUAAUUAGAUCUCAGAGUUUUAAGAAUUUUAAGAGAAAAAGGUCAAGCCGAUUUAUAUUGAAAAGCUUCCGGAAAAUCAUAUUAUUCCCCUCACAUCAUCUCAAAGGUAGACUUGUUCUAAAUUUAAAUGGUAUUCAGACUAUAACGUAUACAGAAAAACAGUGGUAUUUUCCCAUUGUCUACACGGGACAAUGAAUUCGUCGGUCACUACAUCUAAAAUGUAUGUCACUUUUUGCCGGUCUCUUUUUGCCUCAAACAUAACAUGUGUUAUCUCUCUUCAUCCCAAACUUAAUACUGAAUGAUAAGGUCUGAUUGCAAGGAAUGUAACUUCCUUUCUGCGUUUAGAUUGUAUGAGAGUGUUAAGUUCAUUCUACGUUGACAUGAUCGAAUCAACAGCGAUAUAGGUCUUGUGGGUGAUUCUUUAACUGGUAUCACUGAUAACGAAUCGAGUUUCGACGUGCGGAUCACGAACGACACUAUUUAAAAUGAGUACGUUGUAUUGACACACUCUACCCAAAUCAUCACGAGAAACAAAGGGGCUUCAGCAACAGAAUAUUAAAGUUUAAUUUUGUAACUCCAAUCUUAAUUAAGGAUUUCAUCUUUACAGAGAAAAUAUCUUGGAACAGGGCAACACAAACACUAGAAGCCUUGAAUGGUAGUCACAGUCUAAGCAUUUAAACCACAGACUCUAGUGAAAGUUGGCAAAGGUCUUCAAGCCUGCUCCAGAUUUUGCUACCACUAAGCUACUUCGAUGAUUAGACUCAGAUUAUAUUAAUAAGAAUGGAAAGAACAUUCACUUUUAAAGUAAAAAGUUUGCCGACUGGAGAUAAUCCUCAUUAAACUCUUCUACUACCGUGAAAUGUUACAAGUUAAAAGAAGCCACGAAUGUUUUAUCAGAGAUGGUAAAUGAACUUUGAAGUAACAAAAGCUAAUAAACUUUCUUCUCUUUUUAAUCUCCAGAUAGUGGUAGCGACAAAGAAUUAAUACAGGAAAAGUCAGUAAAGUGUUUCAGCGAAAAUGGGCCCAAGCGGAAAAGGAGAAAUCGUAGCCAUUUUACCCAGCGUCAACUUCAAUAUCUCGAGAAGAUAUUUUCCCGCCAACAGUAUCUGACACGCGACGAGAGAACACUGUUGGCGAGGGGACUGGAAAUGACGGAACUUCAGAUUAGAAACUGGUUUCAAAACCGAAGAUAUCAAAGGCGACAUCGUGCAAACGAAGACAAUAAACAGCAAGAGCCCGAUACGUCAGUGCCAAUUUAAAUUCCCUUACUAAUGCGUCAAGAGACAAAUUAAACAGCACUUUAAACAACGGAGGGACAAUUACUGUUGUGCAAUUGUCUGUAAUAGCAAUGCAUAUUCCAUAAACACUUAUUAUAACAGUAUCAAAGAUACCUUUGUAUAUGUUGUACAUAAAUAACUCUAUUUAGAGUUAUGUUUUAAACAUUCAGUCAAAUCAGUGAAAUUAGAUGACAGAUAACUAUGUAAGGAUUUCAGGG